AUGAGUUUUUGUCCUCGCUUAGAAGCUAUUUUGUCUGCUGCUAAUAAUACAAGUGCCGUGUAUAAUGUGGAUAGCGGAAUCGAAGAGUCAUCUAUAUCAACGAGUCCUACUGUAGCAGUAUUAUCAAACAAUAUACCAAACAAAAAACCAGCGGACCAAACAACAAUUCCUUAUCAAACAAUUGGAGGAGGUAGAAAAUUCGAAGGUGCCUAUGUUUCUCAUGUUGAUCAUCCAUCCUCCAUUUUUGUUCAAUUACCGAAAUAUGGCCGACAGUUUCAAAACCUACAUCAAACAAUGAAUGCAUAUUAUAGAAAUUCAGAAUUUAAUCCAUCAGUUCGUUAUCGUCGGGGAGAUUUUUGUGUUGCAAAAUAUAGUAAAGAUGGCGAGUAUUAUCGUGCAAGAAUUGGAAAAAUUGAUAUGAAAAAGGAUGGACUUGAAAAAUAUUGUGUGAUUUAUGUGGAUUUUGGCAAUUCUGAGUGGACAUUGCAUGACAAUAUUCGCAUAUUACGACAAGAAUUUUCUUUGCUGGAAGCACAAGCAAUUCCAUGUUCAUUAGAUCGUAUAUCUCCGAUAAUGGAUGCCAAUGGAAAAUAUUCAUGGCAAACUGACGUUGGACAAGGUUCUGCACGUUACCUGAUUUCGUUAUUGGAUAGUUAUAAUAAUACCGUUACCGUAACAUUUUUGCAAAAAGAUGUACCAUCAUGGCACUUAAAUAUCGUUAUAUUACACGUUAGAGAUGGACCAUUUAAAGAAAGGGUGUUUAUUUGUAUUCUUUAUCCAUUAAAAAAAAUGUCAUUUUUUUCGGUACGUUCCGAAGAGUUUCAACGUGCCAGAUGUAAAACUAGUCUCGCCAGAUCGGUCGACGGUGUACUAGCUAUUGCUCCUCGAUUAAUUCGACCUAUACAAACAGGUAAUAAUUCAACAAUUGGAAAUUGGAAUGAUGAUGAAAAAAUAGUCGAUACAAGUCAAAAACCAAAAACUCAUCAAUCAUCGCUAGCUGAAUGUAUCCCAGAACGACCGUCAACAGCCGUAUUUGAGAUUAUUGAUCAGUAUGAAUCAUCCACUAUUUCUAAUCAUUCGACUGAAACAAAAUCAAAAAUAAUAUCUGAUUAUAGUUUUUCAACAAGACAAUGUGAGAAUAUUUCACAAUGCGAUUCUGGCAGAUUAUCAUCUCAGACACUCAACGAUCAAAAUCUCAGAAAAAAAACAGCAACGAAUACGACAGCAACAACUGAUUCUGGACGAGCAACAGAAAUUGAUUCACAAGCAACAACAUCGUCCCAGUUGGUUGAACAAUAUGAGCAAUUUAUCGAAGAACCUAUUUGUAUUGCAUAUCAAUUGAUUGAACCGUAUCAACAAUUCAACAGUGCCUUUGUUUCUCAUAUUGAUCAUCCAACAUCGAUUUUCAUUCAAUUACCAAAAACAGGAAUAAAAUUUCAAGAAUUACAUCAGAAAAUGAAUUACCAUUAUAGAACAUAUGAAAAGGAAACAAUUCCAACAUUAUUAAAAGCCGGUGAUUUUUGUAUCGCCAUAUAUUCCAAAGAUAGUGAAUAUUAUCGAGCAAGAAUACUCAAAGUUAAUCAAGAAAAUCGUAUAUAUUGUAUUGUUUUUGUUGAUUUUGGCAAUUCGGAAUGGACAUUGCAUGACAAUAUUCGCAUAUUACGAGAAGAAUUUUCUUUGCUAGAAGCACAAGCAAUUCCAUGUUCAUUAAAUCGAAUAAUACCGUGUCAAAUGUCAGCAGAUGAUAUAAAAUUAAAUUUGAAAAAUAAAUGGCAUAGUCAAGUUGGAAAAGAAUGUACUGAAAAAUUAAAAGAAUUAGUUUUGGAAAAACAAGUUAUUGUUACCUUUUUACCCAAAGAAUCAGGGUAUGAUUGGCCAUUACAUAUAAUCGAGAUAAACAUUCCCAAACGGCCCGAUUACUUUUUUAAGGAUAUUGGUCUUUAUCUUGAAAAUACCGUUUAUGCUAAAUAUAGUGGAAGUAAUCGUGUCUUCAGGGAAGAACUAUUUCCAAAAUUUGGACAAACACCAUUUGAAAAAUAUCUGUAUGGUUUACCGGCAAAUAGAAAGACAAUAAUUCUACGUGAUUGCUCAAUUAAAUCGUCACUUCUUGAAAAAACAAAAACAACAACUCAUCAUCAUAGCUCUCGUUCGAUCAUUAAAAAUAGUCCAAUAACAACAUCGUCAUUUUCAUCGUCAGAUAUGAGUGAUUGUCAUUCCCAAUGUUCUUCUUCAACAAUAACAUUUUAUUCACACCAAAACGCAAGAUUUCCAUUACGAACACAAUCAUCGAUCUUAUCGCCACCAUCAUCAACGACAAUUUCACCUAAGCAAGCUUAA